GGGCGCUUGAACAAUCUCAGCCUUUAAUGAAGCUUCUCGUUCUUGAACUCUCAAAUGAUCAUUCUGCUUUGUAUUUUCUGUAUCAUUUUUUAUAGUCGAUAUGGAAGGCCUUUCUAGUGCUUCAGCUGCCUUCGCUGUUAUAUCCCUCGCUGUGCAAUUAGCCGAAAGUGUCAAAAAGCUAGUGGAGUUUUGGAAGGCUGUCGAAGAUGCACCAGGAGAUAUCUGCGAUCUUUUCAAUGAUUUGGAGCUCUUGUCAGCCGCUUUAAUACAAAAUCGGAGAAAGUUUGCUCAGCAGAGUCCUUAUGACCUGAUUGCCAGGCGAAUCUUAGCCAAAUGCCAGAAGAGAGUUGAACAACUCUCCUCAAAACUGUCUCCUACGAUGUCCGCAUUCGCCUCAUUCUCGUCUCGCAAAAGGAAGUGGGCUGCUCUAAAAAUUACUCUAAAAAACGAAGAAAUCAGAAAAAUGCGUGCGUCGGUAGGAGAAUCUUUGGUGGCGGUACAGAUGAUCAAGCAAGAUGCUAUUUUUGAUAUGGUAGAAAUGGCUCUCCGAUACCAAGAAGCUACCUCGAAAGGCAUGAGCGCGAUGCAGGAAUUUGUAGUACAAUAUUCGCAGAACCACAGACCCAUGGAUAGGUCCAAAUCGCUUCUUCCCUCAUAUGAUUUGUCUGUACUCUCAGCGGGCGGGAAUACUCUAGAUGCAAGCCUACCAGAUUCGUAUCAAGGCAAUCAAAACGCGAUCUGUUCCCAGACUACUAGUACCACGGUCUUGAAAAAACAGCUAUCUGCACCUUUGGGAGGAGUCUCAGCCAAUGAUUCCAAGCAACAGAUCAUUGCUCAAAGGGCUUCUGGAAUUAAAGCGUGGGAGACUGAUGGCCAAACACCUAUCUUCUCAUUUCGAGUCAGGUCUUCAUCGACAAGGAGGACAAGUACAAAUGCCUUGGGUUCUCAGGAGACAAUGGAGACGAAAAUUGGCGUAGUCUUCUACCCAGCAAAAUGGUUACAUCGCCUUGGUGUAAGGGUGGGGAUUCGCAUGUCGGCAAUCAUUGACAAUGGCUGGAUGUUCACAUUCAAUUCCUUUGGUGCAGUUCCCGAAGAUUCUUUAAUUUUCGAUCUUUGUCGACAAGGUAAUGUCGCCGGUGUCAAGAUUCUCUUGAACCGUGGCGAUGCAUCUCUAGAAUGUGAGAAUCCACAGGGCAAAACGCCAUUAUGGACCGCGGUUAAUUAUGGCCAAGUAGACGUGGCUAGAUUUUUGAUUUCCGCCGGAGCCAAAGAUACAGCUACUGGUAUCAACCUGUGGCGAAAUCCCCUUGUUCUUGACGCUCGGCGGAAGAUUGCCAUGGUUGAGACUUUAGAAUUUUACUCAAAGUCCAAAGACGAUAGUAAAUACGGUACUAUUGGCAGGAUGGAGAUAUUCUAUACUCCAAGCAGACAGCCCAACAUGACUCAAGAAGAACUCUCCGACAACAUGUUAUAUGUAUUUAAAGCUUUAACUCCAUCUCUACGCACUGAUAACGCAGCUCAAUUCGGGUAUCUUCGAGGAAUGCUAUCAACUGGUCACGCGGGAAAGCUCAUACAUUGGUUGAUAGGCAGAAUCAAGGGGGCUUUCGAAAUAGAGGAAGACAGCAUCAGUUCUUACUCUUUACUUCAUUAUGUAAUUGGUGCCCGGCUCCUUCACAGAGAUCCGCUCUCUGUAAAACUGAUUAUGGAGAGAACAGCAGACUUACAUGUUUGCCACGGUUACGGAUCUUGGGGCCGAUACGAACCACAAACCCCUACAUCUCUUGCUAUGUAUGACCAGGACAUGUUCAUUCCAUGGCGGAGGCUUCUUCAGGAAACGAAACAAGACAUGGAUGCGUUCAUCGAGCGGGAGCUCAACGCUAAAUUUCUGACCUCUAUGGGCUGGACGAAAGCAACACUACGGGCCUUGUUCCAACAUCAAUUCAACAUACCAAGCUACAAGGGAAGGCGGGCCUUCAAUGGGUUCCCUGAAUGUGACAGGUGCAAACAUAUCAGUGUCUCAAUUGGCAUGUAUCGCGUUAAGAUCGAUCUUGAAUUCAGAAGGCAACUUCGAGAGAUUAGGACUGGUCGUGCUCAGAUGCCCAGUUCCUCGCAUAUAAUAUCUGCGAAGGAUGGCUCAAUCUUGACCGCAAUUAUUGACGAAAGUGGAGGGCCAAUACCAAACAGUCAAGGGAAGACGUGGCCACCAUUACCUUAUCGCUUUGUGUGCUCCGAUAGAUGCCUUGAUCGCGUCUCUGUCCAUGAUGUAUUUGAAAAUGAUUUAGAGGACCUACCAGUGUUUCCACCAUAUGUCUCUGAGGAGGAAAGACUGCGCCUGGAGCGCUUACGCUUAGCAGAGGAGGAGGCAAAAUGUCCUACUUACACAAUGCCUGGGGCUUUUACUCCAUAAUGCCCCACAAUGCUCUCAUUCUUAUUUAAAGAUCGGAUGGCCGUUCAGACUUAUAGUCUCGCUUUGGUGUAUGAUUUACAUUGUUUAUCUCAUAAUGGGCUCUAUUUGGGUAACACACAUAAACCUCAUCAAUUUUCUCGGCGUCAACAAUCGUCACAUUCUCAGUCUCGUGGCUUGAGAAGGGGUGAUCGCGCAAAGAAAAUAAAAUAAUGCAACUGAGGGUUGAGGUUGUAUUGCGAUAAUUUCUUCAGAUGCAUUUCAUCAAUGGUUCUCCAACGCUCCCCAAAUGCUUUUUAAUAUCCCAACCCAAAUUGAAAAUUGGACUCUUUCCCGGGUUAAGUACCUUUCGAGAUCUCUAUCCAUAUCGACCUUAAAAUUCCCUCUUAUGCUUCAAAGUUCCGAUUCUUGUUUGAUAAUCAAUCGACUAUUUUGGUUUUGCGUUUUAAUGGGUUGACGUGGUAGGCGCGUAAUUUCCA